AUGUCAAGAACCGUCACUCACUUGGAUUCCAUGUCCACCCCUCAUGUGGCCCUCCUCCCGAGCUCCGGAACGGGACACCUGAUGCCCUUCCUUCGACUAGCCGCUGCGCUUCUAGCCAAGGAAGUCCAUGUCAUGCUCAUCACUGCCCACCCCAUGGUCUCGGAGGCUGAGAAUGAGGCCCUGUCUAGCUUCUUGUCAGCAUUUGAUAAGGUCAACUCAGAGCGGCUGGACCUCCUUCGGAUUGACCCCGAGCAGUCCAUGGCCACUGAUGACCCAUUCUACCGCCACAUUGAUCUUAAGGUGCAUUCUUUCGGACAUAUAUCAAUGUCGAAUUGUGCACGGGGAGACAUGUCCGGUGGCCCUCACAUAGCCCUCUUCCCCAGCGCCGGCAUGGGCCACCUAAUGCCGUACCUCCGCCUUGCCACCGUACUUUUGGACCGCUGCUGUCGCAUCACCCUCAUAACGCCCUGCCCUACCAUCACCACAGCCGAGGCAGUCGCCAUUUCUUCCUUCCUCUCGACCUAUCCUGAGGUCAACGACCUCGAACUCCGUCUCGUCCCUGACAACAAUGGCCCCGACCCGGCUAUCACUGAUCCUCAUUUCUUCCAGUUUGCCCGCAUCAGCCGCUCCACACACCUAAUCCGCCCCAUGUUGUCCUCCGCAAGCCCACCCCUCUCUGCCGUCAUAUCCGACCUUUCUGCCGCCUCGCAGGUUGCCCCGAUCCUAACCGAUCUCCACCUCCCGCUGUACAUUCUAUUCACGACCUCCGUAAAGUUUCUACCUUUAAUAGCUCUUCUCCCAAAGCUCUUAUCAGACCCAUCAAGACUGAAUCCAUCCUGUUCCGACGUCAACUUCCCGGGCUUACCUCCAUUGCCUGAUCAUCGAAGGCUUGCCCCCACUACUGCCGAUCGUAAGAGCCGAGAGCUCACUUCAAAGGGUGACUAUAAAACUUGGCUGGAAAGUCAACCGGUCGACUCCGUGGUGUACGUGUGCUUCGGGAGCAAAGCACCCAUGGGCGUAGCUCAGAUACAGGAGCUGGGAAAGGGGUUGGUAGGGAGUGGAUUUAGGUUCCUGUGGGCCCUCAAGAUGAAGAUAUCAUUGGUUGAUGAAUAUGAUGACCACGACGAGGAGACCAAAUCAGAGAAUGUCAGGGAACUGUUGGGAGACUCAGUUUGGCAUGAGAAUGGAAGAAGGGGAAUGGUGAUGAAAAGUUGGGUGGACCAGGACGAGGUUCUAGCCAGCUCGUCGAUCGGGGGGUUUGUGUCGCACUGCGGGUGGAACUCGGUGACGGAGGCCAUGUGGGCCGGAGUGCCAGUGCUUGCAUGGCCUCAUAGGGGGGACCAAAGAGUAAAUGCACAGGUCGUGGAGGAGUCCGGUCUCGGGGUUUGGAUGAAGGAGUGGGGGAUGGGGACCCGGAGUGGUUUAGUAAAUGGGGAAGAGAUCGGGGAGAAGAUCGGAGAGUUCAUGAGGGAUGAGAACUUGAGGGAAAGGGCUAGGAAAAUCGGGGAAGAGGCUCGGAAGGCCGUUGAUGCUGGCGGAAGCUCCCAUGAGACGAUCACCAAAGUGCUCAAGAGUCUUUAG